UGAAUAGAAAGAAAGUGUGUAAAAGAAAUAAAAUAAAAUAAAAAUUCAAUUUAUUAUCGAUGAACGUGAUCGGAAUGUUGGACUUGUGUCAUUUGUGUAUGGGUUAAAAAAAGACACAUAAAAAAAAGAUAUUAAGAAGACAAAUAUAAAUUGAUAGGCCAGAUUUAUCAAUAUAAUAGCUUUGAAUAAAUUUCCAAAGAGAACCUUUGUGUCCCAAAGCAGCACUAUGAACUCAGAAUCGACGCCCAUUUGUCGUUGUCGUGUGCUAUAUUUAGGGAGUGCAGUUCCGCGUCAAAGUAAAGAUGGAUUGCAAGGUAUUCAAGAGCCAUUGCGUAGUCUGUAUCCUAUUGAAGGUGCAGGCGAGAAUCUUAAAGGAAUCGAUAGUUGGCUGAGUGUUUGGUCUAAUGGAAUAUUAUUGGAAAAUGUAGAUGAGAAUCGUAAGCAAGUCACAAGAUUCUUUCCAAUUGAAUCGCUACAUUAUUGUGCGGCUGUUCGUCAAGUAUUAAUUCCAGAACGUGGUAAUGCACAUCCGGAACCCAAGUUUUUACCACUUGACUCGCCCUUUGCUCGAUCACCACGUGCACAACAUCCGCCAAUUUUUGCGGCCAUUUUAAGACGCACUACUGGCAUUAAAGUUUUAGAAUGUCACACAUUUAUUUGUAAACGUGAAGCGGCUGCAAAUGCUCUAGUCCGAUGCUGUUUUCAUGCUUAUGCUGAUAAUUCAUAUGCAAAACAAAUUGAAAAUGGAAGUACGCCGGGUAGUGUUUAUGGAACUCUCGGUGGAAAGUCAACAAUGACAAACGGAGAAGUAACAAACGGAUGGAGAUCACGUGCAGGAAGCACCACUACACUCAACAGUAUGGGACGUCAUCAAACAAAUGGAAAUGGAAAUGGAAUCGAUGAUUCCUAUACUGUUAAAAACAUGUAUGCUAGUAGCGCAGAUUUGGAUGUCACUGAUGACGGUGAAAGCUCUUUAUAUAAUGGAGAUGAGAAUCACAAAAUUUGGACAGGUUCACAUGAGCAAUUAAAUGGGAUUAAUGGACAUCAGAAUGGAGAGAAUCAUUAUGACUUUUAUUCAAAUGGAACUAAUGGAACAUCAACUUUAGGUCGACCAAGUCGUCAAAGACAAAUUACAGCACCAAUUCCUGUACCGCCACCACCAAAAGAAGAAUUAAUAAAGAAAAAGAAGGAAAGUAAAAAGUCAUCAUCAAAAUCAGUUGGAAGUCAAAGUUUAUCAGGAACUCUUAUAAGACCGAGACCAAUUCAUCCUGUUGGACGAGGUCCACCACCUCAUCCGCCACCUCAUAUGAUGUAUGGUCCACCAAAUCAUCAUAUUAUGGGAAAUCCAAUGGCUCCAAUGAUGCCAAUGCCACAUCCACAAAUGAAUGGACGAUUUCAUACAAUCGGGCAUCACCGAGGAAAUCCUCCACCACAUCAAAUGAUGCAAGUUCCACAUCAAAUGCAACUUAUGCUUCCACCUCAAUAUGCAACAAUUCAGUCAAUGAAAGGCAAGAAGAAGAGUAAAAAAGACAAAAUGAUUCCAGUUGCCAUGCCAAUGGUGCCUCCAAUGUUUUAUCCACCACCCUCAGCAACAAAUCCAAAUAUGAUGCAUAGAGCUGAAUCACCACAAGCACUCAGUAGUCGAAGUAGAAAAUUAGCACAAUCAACAGCUGCACUCGAUGAUUCUGGAAAUUCAGGUGCAGAAUCGCCUUGCGGUACAGGAAUUUACAGACGAAAGGGUCAUUUGAAUGAACGUGCUUUUAGUUACUCUAUACGUCAAGAGCACCGAUCACGUAGUCAUGGAUCGUUGGCCAGUCUUACAUUUAGCCCACCUGAUAUGAAGAAAGAACGUGAAAUUAUCCAAAUGGUAUCAGCAUUGGAUAUAAAUGAUGACUCAACAUUAAGACGUAAUCGUGAAAUGUCAGCUGGUUCAACAGGCACAUUUGGAAAGCCACGAAGAUAGACAUCAUUAUUUUUAUUAUUUAAAAGUAUUAAUUUGAAGGGAUUCUCGUGGGAUAAUAAUCCAGAUUUGCUUAAGCGUCCUAAGCUCAAAGGCGAGCACUUUAAAGUGUUAAUUUUGUACGGAAGAGAAACAAUUUUUUUCAGUGUCAAAAUUCUUUUUGAAUGAAUAGCCAUAAUGACUAUUCCAAAUCUAAAUUUUAUGUCUAGAGUUCAUAGACAUCACAUUAUGGAUAUGUG